GACAUGCAACUUCUGUGCAAUCCACUGAGAAAGGUUAGUAUUUAUGUUUUGCUGUUUACGGCAAAUGUACUCUCCAUCAGGCAUGCUGAGGGUCGACCCGGCCCAGGAUGGAGGUGGCAGCAGCAGCAGCAGCAGCAGCAGCGGGGACACCAUCACCCACUCCCUGACCGUGGUGCAGCGUCUGGAGGCCCUGCUGGUUCAGGGGAACGGCAGCGAUGUGUCUCUCAGGGUGGAGACGCCCAACGCCGACGAGGUGAAGGUGAUCCAGGCUCACUCGCUGGUGCUCUCCCUGCAGAGCCCCGUGUUCGAGGAGAUGCUGCUGAGCCGCAACAGCAGCACACUGGUCCUGAAGGAGAACUCUGACUGUGCCGCUGUGUUUGACAAGUUCAUCAGGUAUCUGUACUGUGGAGAGAUUUCUCUGCGUCUGGACCAGGCGACACCUUUACACAAGCUGGCCUCUAAAUACCAGGUGACAGGUCUCCAGCAGGGCAUCACCCAGUACAUGACCCAGAAUCUGGCCCGGGACUCCUCGUCUGGCCACGUGGCGGGCUGGUACGAGUAUGCCCUGCAGGCCGGGGACGUGACUCUGAGGGACAGCUGCCUGCAGUACAUGGCCUGGAACCUGUCGUCGGUGCUGCAGAGCGGCGAGUGGGUGACCAUCAGCAGCCAGCUGCUCAUGUCGCUGCUGAGGCGCUCCGACCUCAUCCUGCAGAGCGAGAUGGAGCUCUUUGCAGCGCUGGAGGCCUGGAUCAUCCAGAACGAGCCGGACGGUCUGACAGCGGAGAACGCUUUGAGAGCUGUCCGUUAUGCCAUGAUGCCCCCGCGGGAGCUCUUCCGCCUGCAGACGCAGUCAGCAGUCCUGGCUCGCUAUCAGGAGUCUGUGCGAGAUCUACUGUACAUGUCCUACCAGUUCCACUCUGCAUCGCCGCUGCACAUGGCCAAGUUCUUUGACGUCAACUGCAGCCUCUUCAUGCCCAGGAACUACCUGUCUUCCAUGUGGGGGUCGCCCUGGAUCAUCAACAACCCCACGCGGGACGACCGCAGCACCAGCUUCCAGACACAACUGGGACCCAGCGGCCACGACUCCAGCAAACGCGUGACCUGGAACGCCCUCUUCUCGCCACGCUGGUUACCCCUCAGCAUGAGGCCGAUGUACACGGAGACGGGCGCCAUGCAGCCAACACGUGUGGAAGGAGGGCGCCCUCGCAUCAUCAUCACACCGGCCACGUCCAGCGCAGACUUCGCUGGGGUGAACUUCCAGAAGACGGUGCUGGUGAUGGCUCAGCAGCAGGGGAAGGUGGUGGUGAAACACGUCUACAACUUCCACCAGAGCACGGAGGAGAACGGUGACUUCUUGGCCGAAGCUGAUCUGUACCGCCGGACGUCGGAAUAUCUCAUCGACAGCUCCCUCUUCCUCCAUAUUGUGGUGAAGCCACUGUACCAAACCCUCAUUAGUGCCAAGAACUGAACCCUCCACAUCACCGCACACAAUCCAACCGUCUGAAGCAACAUCUCACUCAUAUCACAUCACGGGGACGUAGAUCUGAAUCCUCCUCGGGUGUGAUGUCUCAACUGCUGUUUUCAUUGGGCAACUAACAUGUGACUGUCUGAGAGCAUUUUGUAAAUCCUGCUGAGUGUAAAAUCAUUAUUAUGACAUGUUUCUUAAAGGUAAACUCUGGUGCUGUUCUAUAUUUUCAUUACUGUCAACAAAUCGCAUAGAACCAGAGAGCUCCAUUGUUCCAUGAAAACACUACAAAGACCAACUAUUCUCUGAAGGACCAGACAGGUUUCUCAGCCCUCUAAACGCUAACCCAGAGCCUCCAAACCAUCACCCAGUCCUGGGCUAUCUUCCACUGAGCCCCUCAUCCUAACCCUCCAGGACAGUUACCUACCUGUUCCCAGUCUUAAGCAAAAAACUACAGUGUCCGACUUAAGAAAUGACUGAGCGCAGGUGAAGUCAUCUAUUUUUGAUUCUGGCGGCCCCUGUGGACAAAAGUGGUACUAGGGCAACGGCCCCCCUGCAGGAAAGAUUCUUGAUCUGCUACCUUGUGCAGAAAAUAUAGGAAAGAAAAGAAUAUUUUUGAAGCUAUUUUUCUUCAGUAAAUUUUGUUUUAGUGUCAUACCACCAGACUGCCAAGCAGAUAAACAAUCCCAACUCCUGAUCCAGUGGUGUUAUUCCCAAGACCUGCAAGGAAUCCAAAGCUUUUGGGUAUUUGAGUAAAGUUGCAACACUGACGUUUAAAGCUACUACACUUUCAUUUUUCAUUGAUCCUGGAGGUGCCUUUGGAUUAAAGAUGACAAUGCUGAAACAAAGUAAACUCUGUUUUAUUGCGGUACCAGCAGACUACAGAGCAGCUGCUUUCCUCAGCCUGUGAGACUCCACCGUAAAAAUAGUUUUAAUUUUAUGAAUUAACCCCAAUAAAUCAGACUGUUGAUAUCAAGAAUACAGAAAUAGCCAAUCUUCUUGCUGAUGUUCUUGUUUGCAUAUACAGGUCAUAAAGAGGUGUCAGUAUUCAGCGGAGACUCCUUCAUAGCCAGUUAAGACUUUUUGGGUGUUUUCAAGGGAUUUGUGGACUACAAGAAAAUGUAGCUCAUCACCAGCUUUACCUUUCAUGCUUCCUGCCACAUUGUCUUUGUCUUGUUCUUAAAUAUUGGUGCUAUUACACCCCAGUUACAAUGAAGGGGUCACAGUUGUCAUUCAGCCCCUCACAUCUAUAUGUUUUUCUUUUACUUUAGUCGUCGUGUAUCCACAACGCCGCUCCUGUAAGCC